AUGGCGGAGAGCUCGCUCCAGGAUCGAUUGCGUGAGCACGCGGAAGCAUUUGAUGGAUUGCUAUCACUCAUUCCAGCAAAAUUUUACUAUGGCGAGGACACUAGCGACCAAUGGAAGAAGAAGAAGCAGACAAAGGAGCAGGCAGCUGCGGCCAGACGAGCAAAGCUGGACCCAGAAUCUGCUAAGAGCGCGAAAGACGUCAUGGACGAGCGGGCGAGAAAGCGAAAAUUGGAGGAGUUGGACGAGGACAAGGAAGAGUCUGAUAUAGAAGGGGUGGAGAAGGAACUUCCGAAGCAGGGCCUGAAGCAACCACAAGAGAAGAAAACAAAGAAGCAAAAGCUGUCGGACGAAGGACCUAAAUCGUCAAGAGAAGAACCCGAUUCCGCGCAUACAACAGUUGCAGACCAGAAACGACAACUCAAGUUGGAGAAGAAGAGGGAACAGAAGGCAAAGCGGCUCCAAGAAAAGUUAGUCGGAAAGGCAAAGCAAAAGCCACAGGUUUCUGCCAGGUCUUCCGCCAAAGCGAAGGAUGCCAAAGGUGAUGAGAACGCCGAGGAUGGGGAAGACAUCGUUAUAGUAGACGAGGAGCUCCCCGGUGACGAAAUAGGCCAUUUCGAUGCCGAAGGAUUAGAAAAAGAACCUAACGAGGAGACCGUCUCUCCCAGCCCCUCGCCACCAUCACCUAUAUUCGACGACCCUGCCCACCCUAGCGCCAACACCUCUACAUCCUCCGUUAUACCUCCCGCAAAAGUACCCAAACACAUCAACAAAGCAAAGUUGGAAGCCAGAAUAGAAGAGCUCCGAAACAAACGAAACCCGAAAGCACGGACCCGAGAUGAGCUACUCGAAGAACGAAGAAAGAAGGAGGCAAAGGACCGGGCAAAACAUCAAGCCCGGAAAGCCAAAGCUAGAGCCGAGGAGGAUGCAAGACGAGAAGCUGCUCUAGCCUCUGCUCGAGAUUCGCCAGCUUCCAGCAUGCUGAGUCCACAUAUUCAAUCACCAGAACACAACUUUUCCUUCGGCCGCGUGGCAUUUGCGGAUGGACAACAACUUACCGACGAUCUGUCUACCUUGUUGAGUGCACCAAAGAAGAGAGGUCCACAAGAUCCUGCUACCGCAUUGCUUGCUAGCGAGAAGAAGAGACAACGGAUAGCUGGUCUUGAUGAGGAGAAGCGUGCCGAUAUUGAGGAGAAAGAGUUAUGGCUGAAUGCAAAGAAGCGGGCACACGGCGAAAAGGUCCGGGACGAUACAUCUCUGCUGAAGAAGACCUUGAAGCGCAAAGAAAAGGCGAAGAAGAAGAGCGAGAAGGAAUGGACCGAGAGGAAAGACGGUGUUGCAAAGAGUCAAGCGAUGAGGCAGAAGAAAAGAGAGGAGAAUCUCCAGAAGAGACGAGAUGAGAAGGGCGGGAAGGGGAAAGGGAAGGGAAAGUCUUUGAAGAGCAAAAAGCCCAAAGUCAAGAGCAGACCCGGGUUUGAGGGCAGCUUUGGCUCUGGGAAGCGGAAAUAA